AUGAAAAUAUAAAAUAAAUGUGGGAGCAUGAGAGCGGUGAUGCACGUGGCAAGUGUCAGGCGGUUGUGGCAUUAUACCUAGCCCAUGCCCACCAGGCACGUGACUCGUCAUUUCAAAAAAUAAAAACAAAAAUAAAAAUAAAAAUCUCGCUGUCAAUUAAUAGCGGACGCCACCCGAGUCUCACUGCCUCCCGCGAACUCCUCCACAACCACCAUCACCACCACCACUCAAUUUUUGGUUUUCGUUUUCAUUUUCAUUCUCUCCAAACACAAAAACGAUGAGGGAGAUCUUGCACGUUCAGGGAGGCCAAUGCGGUAACCAAAUUGGAUCCAAGUUCUGGGAGGUCAUCUGCGACGAGCACGGUGUGGAUCCCACUGGGAGGUACAACGGAGAUGGUUCAUCUGAUCUUCAGUUGGAGAGGAUCAAUGUCUACUACAAUGAGGCUUCUGGUGGAAGGUACGUUCCCAGGGCUGUUCUCAUGGAUCUUGAGCCUGGGACUAUGGACAGUAUCAGAUCGGGACCGUAUGGGCAGAUCUUUCGCCCUGAUAAUUUCGUUUUUGGUCAGUCCGGUGCCGGCAACAAUUGGGCCAAGGGUCAUUAUACUGAGGGGGCGGAGUUGAUUGAUGCGGUUCUCGAUGUUGUUCGCAAGGAGGCUGAGAAUUGUGAUUGCAUGCAAGGUUUUCAAGUGUGCCAUUCACUUGGAGGAGGCACUGGUUCUGGCAUGGGGACCCUCCUGAUAUCAAAGAUGAGAGAGGAAUACCCAGAUAGAAUGAUGCUCACUUUCUCCGUCUUCCCAUCUCCAAAGGUCUCUGACACAGUUGUGGAGCCAUAUAAUGCCACCCUCUCAGUGCACCAGUUGGUAGAGAAUGCUGACGAAUGCAUGGUUCUGGACAAUGAGGCUCUUUAUGAUAUUUGUUUCAGGACUCUCAAGCUCAGCACUCCUAGCUUUGGUGACCUGAACCACUUGAUCUCUGCGACUAUGAGUGGGGUGACUUGCUGCCUGAGGUUCCCUGGCCAGCUGAACUCAGACCUCCGCAAGCUGGCUGUGAAUCUGAUCCCGUUCCCUCGCCUUCAUUUCUUUAUGGUGGGUUUUGCACCACUCACCUCUCGUGGAUCCCAGCAGUACAUCUCCCUCACAGUGCCAGAGCUAACUCAGCAAAUGUGGGAUGCCAAGAACAUGAUGUGUGCGGCUGACCCUCGGCAUGGCCGCUACCUGACUGCCUCGGCCAUGUUCAGGGGAAAGAUGAGCACCAAGGAGGUGGACGAACAGAUGAUCAAUGUGCAAAACAAAAACUCGUCAUAUUUUGUGGAGUGGAUUCCUAAUAACGUGAAAUCCAGUGUGUGCGAUAUUCCACCAAGAGGUCUGAAGAUGGCAUCUACAUUUGUGGGGAACUCCACUUCAAUCCAGGAGAUGUUCAGGAGGGUGAGCGAGCAGUUCACAGCCAUGUUCAGGCGCAAGGCUUUCUUGCACUGGUAUACUGGGGAAGGAAUGGAUGAGAUGGAAUUCACGGAAGCAGAGAGCAACAUGAAUGAUUUGGUGUCAGAAUACCAGCAAUACCAGGAUGCAACUGCUGAUGACGAGGGUGAGUAUGAGGAGGGCCCAGAAGAGAAUUAUGAGGCCUAAAAGCCUUAAAGCCUAAAUAAGAUUUUGGGAGAUGAGCACCUAAGCUUUGCCCAUUUAUCUGCUACUACUAUAUGUGGCUGUUAUAGUUUCAGAUUUAUUUCCAUUUUGCUUGCAGCUUGUUUGUAUCGUCACCUGGUUUGAAUCUUCUCUUCCAUAAUAUAAUGUUUGUGGGUUGUGUUCUAUUCAA